GCCACUCCCAUAUAAGGCAUUUCACUGUGGCAAGAGGAUCCACCCACGUCCCUAACACAAGACAUGGCUGAUGAGGAAGAAAAAAGCCAUGGCCGAUCCUCCAGCUCUUCUCCAGCCAACAAUGAUUGUCCUUACCGAGAGUGCCAAACUGCCCCCGAUUUUCUUUUCGCCACAGUUACCCAGACUACUAGUGCUCCGCAGUCCUCCACCCAAUAUCCGAUUGGACGUCUCCCUCUUCCCCAAGGGCUGCCCCUCCGGUUUGACCGCAAUAUAAAACAGGCCUUUUAUAACACCGGAGCACUACUUUUCGCAGCAGGGUGCUGCGGCGCGGCUGUUCUAGUUUACUUUAUACUGGAGGCGUUUCUUCGGCCUUUGUUAUGGGCCGUACUCUGUGGGACCUUCCUUCAUCCUUUUAAAAGUUCACUGACAGACGUGGGUCGUCGCUGGCUGUUCAACCUGAAGCGUCAGAGUUCACCGAUUGUUCUGGCAACCUUGUUGCUGCCUGUCAGCUUUGCAAACCAAAGCCUGGAGGCGCUGGGAGAGCUGGUGGCUCGCAGGCUUAGGGUGCUGGUGCCACUUCUGGCUGGCGCACCAAUUAUCUACUGCCUCUACUUGGCUGCCAGCCACCUGGGAGUGCGAGAGUUCCUGGGACAUCUGUGCCGCUUGAUCUGUGGGGCCCUAGACUGCUUCAGCUCGCAGUGGAUUUGGACAUUAGUGAUCGGUUACGCAUUGGCAGUUUCAUUCAAAUGGAAUUCAGAUACUCAGAACUAUCUUGCUGCUCUCUCAGUCCCAGUCUGGCUCAUACUACUUUUUCACUUGGCAUCAGUUUGUGGAUCCUGGAAAAUUCCAGUGUUUUUGUUGAUUGUUUUUCUGAUGACUCUGGGUUCAUUGCAUGAGAAACCGAAUGCUCAUGGAUCAUCAGGAACAGUACUUCCUGGUCAAAUGUUCACUAUUGCAGCUUCAACUAUCGCUAUGGCAAUAUCAAUAAGUGGCUUUGAGGAACAACGGGAAGAGUUUCCUACUACACAACCUACAGAGGCACAGAGGGAUGAGCCACUUACUACACCUAUUUCUACUUCCUCAACCCUGCUACUUGGUAGGCAAAGAAGCGAGAUAGGAGCAUUCCUAAAAAAGAAGAAAACCAGUGACGUAUAUUUUGUGCUUCUGAUGUGGGCAAUUGUUCUUGUGCAGAUAUGGCUCAAUUUAUGGAUAAUACAGCUACUUCCAGUGCCCAUAGCAGUUUUUGCUGUCAAGAAACUAGUGAUCCACUUUGGAGUAGUGAACUUCUUGGUGAAUCGUUGUGACUCUUGGUGGAAAGUGAUUGAAGACUUUGUGAAGAAACGUCAGGAGGCACUGGCUCCAAAACCUAUUCGAGGUCUAGGAAGGUUAAUUUUAAAAGCAGACUGUAAGAUGUGGCAUUGGCUUAACGAGCAGAUUAUCAUAUGGCUGGAGAAGUCUCUUGACAAAAUAAUCAGCAUAUUUAUUAUAUUUAUGUUGGUCAUUGGAACCCUUCUAUUAGCACUGUUCUUAACAGCAAAGGUUCAUGAAGAAAGCGUGCACAUCAUCAAAGUUACAAGCAAUUUGAUAAAUGACACGGUUUCCAGUCACCCAGAAUGGGCAAAUUGGCUUCCUGAAGCACAGGUUGUUCAGAAAGCUCUUAACUCGGCUGCUAACAAUGUGUAUCAAUAUGGCAGAGAAUGGAUAACCCUCAAGUUGCAUAAGAUUUUAGGGGAGAAGGUCAACAACACAGCAGUCAUUGAGAAGCAGGUUCUAGAGCUGUGGGACAGACUGUAUCAUUCUUGGUUUAUUAAGAAUGUCACUCAUUCUGGCAGGCACAAGGGACACAAGAUGCAAAUACAACGACAAAAUAGUUGGCUGGGAGAUAUUCUGGACUGGCAGGAUAUUGCAUCAUUUGUUCAUGAGAAUAUCGAAACCUUUCUUUCAAUACUGGAGUCUCUUUGGGUUGUAAUGAGUCGAAAUUUAAGCCUUCUUUUUACGACAGUGACAACAUUACUUACAGUGAUCUUCUACAGUGGGACUGCGCUUUUAAAUUUUGUCUUAUCUUUGGUAAUUUUUCUGACCACGUUGUUCUAUCUGCUAAGUUCCAGUGAUGAGUACUAUAAGCCAGUAAAAUGGCUUAUUAGUCUGACACCAUUGUCUCAGCCCGGGCCAUCCUCAAACAUUAUUGGUCAGUCGGUAGAGGAGGCGAUAAGGGGUGUGUUUGAUGCCUCCCUAAAAAUGGCUUGCUUCUAUGGAUUAUAUACUUGGUUAACUCACACCAUCUUUGGAAUAAACAUUGUCUUUAUACCUUCUGCACUAGCAGCGAUUCUUGGAGCAGUUCCAUUUCUGGGAACCUACUGGGCUGCUGUCCCUGCUGUACUAGAUCUUUGGUUUGCCCAGGGGGAAAGCUGUAAAGCAGUUUUGCUCCUCUUGUGCCAUUUGCUCCCUACAUACUGUGUGGAUACAGCAAUUUAUUCUGAUAUAUCUGGUGGAGGACAUCCAUAUCUGACUGGCUUAGCUGUAGCCGGAGGAGCCUAUUAUCUGGGACUAGAAGGAGCAAUAAUUGGACCCAUUCUUCUUUGUGUGCUUGUGGUUGCUUCCAACAUCUACAGUGCAAUGCUAUCAAGUCCAUCUUCUGCAAUGCCUACUCCUACAACAUCUCUGCAGACACAUAGGUUAUUUACAGAGUACCGGGAGAACACUGCUGAGUGACAGCCUGACAUUUCCCUUGCUGAAUUUUAGAAGGGGAGACUGCUAGAUUCUGUAACAGAUGUACCCUUCCAGGCUUUUUUACACCAAUAAGUAAUUUUUUACUAAGCCAGAAUUAUUCUUUAGACAUUCAUGUUUACUUGAAAAAAAAAAAAAUUCCUAUUUGAAUAAUACGUUCCAUAAUUUCUAUAGACAAAUGAUAAUCAGGUGUUUUAAAGGUAUUAUUCUACAAAGAGAAGGAACAGGAACAUGUUUACACUUGUGUUCUCUUUGUGUGUUUCCAAAAUGAACAAAAAUACUAUUACAUAAAUGAUCUUUUACUAUUAUUUUACACUAACACACAAUUUAGCAUUUAGUUUGUUGUGUAUGAAAAAUUAAGCAUUAGAUUUGAAAAUACUACUAAAUAACUUGUGCUUUUACUAGAUAGACUUAAAAGAGCAGCAGACACAUAUAUUCUGAUCUUCAUGUUUUAUGCUUUGUGUUUUUUUAAUUAUUUUAGCUUUUUGUUCAGCAGCUCUCCAGGUUGGAAUUUCAGCAGUUUACCCUGGC